UCACAUUCGCAUUCGAGCAGCCGAGCCGCUUGUGACACGUCGUACGUUGACAACCGUGUCCGCAAUUGUGUUCGUCCCCGUCGCUGGCCCUUGCCCAUAGCCCUACGAGCGCUCGUCAUCGUCGUCCAGUCGCGAUUCGGCCAGUGGCUCGGCGCGUGCACGCCGCCCCCUCGCGGGAAGUUUAUGUCCCACUUUCCAAGACCUGCUCCCCUAUGCGAGAUCGCCGGAGUAACUUCACCAAGGAGUACAUAAACAACAUCGUCAACCCCCUGGGAAGUCGGCCCGCCAGACCCACGGAGAUCGCGCGCGCCAACGAAGAGCGCGCGGCCGCUGCCUUAGAGCCCGCUGAAGAACCCGCCAAGACCAUGCUGAUGCCGAGCGCGGGCCUAGCCUCGCCGGACACCGACACCCUGGGCCUCACAGGCCUGGGGGUCAUCAGUGCCGGCGCCACCCUCAACGGUACCGCCGUUCAGAACAAGGACACUACAUGGACCAAGCUGUUCGUCGGCGGCCUGCCCUACCACACAAGCGACAAGUCCUUGCGGGAUCAUUUUGCCGUGUACGGCGAUAUAGAGGAGGCUGUUGUCAUUACUGACCGCCAGACUGCUAAGAGCCGGGGGUAUGGAUUUGUUAUUAUGGGAGACAGGGCGUCGGCAGAAAGAGCGUGUAAAGAACCAAAUCCAAUAAUAGACGGAAGAAAGGCCAACGUGAACUUAGCUAUUCUGGGAGCCAAACCCAGAGGAAAUGUAACUACCAGUUUUCCAUUUCCCACGGUGAGGGCCGGCGCGUAUCCAGCUUUGUUACCCAGCCAGUACGGGAUGCCUCCCAGCUACAUGUACCAGUCACCGUACCUGGCAGCCACUGCCCCCGGCAGCCUAGUGCCCCUACCCACGACGCAGCUGACCCACGCAGCUGCUGUAGCCGCUGCGACGUCCCAGUUUUACGAGUACCAGAACGCGGCCGCUAUAGCUGCAGCUGCGCCUUACACUAGCCAAUACGCCAACGGAUUUGAUGCCUACACGCCGUACACUGGCGCAGCAAGUACGGCGAACUACAUGCCCUACACCUAUGCUACUCUCCCUCAGACACCCGGCAUACCAACGGCUGCUACUACGGCGUUUCCCACCAUCCCCUACCAGGCCUCGGCCCAAGCUCCUACCUUGCAGGAAGCGAGGUUGCAAUAGGCCAGCCAUCAGCAUCCGCAGUUUAGCAACACAAUUUAUAUUUAUUCUAGCAUCCCCUUGACAACGCCGAGGCAUAGUUUCGCGUUUCGUAUAGUGAUAAUUGUCAAUUGAUUAACGACCUCAGACAAAAUGCUCAAUAAAUCCCAACAAGACUUAAUUGCUGCUCUUUUGCAGACCGUUACUUUGUUCAAUCUGCAAAAGGAAGUGCAAUAUACUUAAAAGAUAUAGUUAGUAUAUUAUUUAAAAUGAAAACUGUAUAGUUCUAGUCCUUAGUUAUAAAGGUAUUUUCCUUAAUAUUUUCUUUAUCCUUUAUGGGACGGGGAAUAAUAAUUAUUCUUAAUAUUUUAACUUAGGUUUUGCAUAUUUAAGUUUAGCAUUUGAAAACUAGUUAGAUGCCGAUUUACAUUUUCACUAUUAUUUCUUUAGUUGAAUUCAUUUCGUCUGUAGCAAUAUGGAGCAUUGUCAGUGCCUUCCGAAAGCAAAUGUAUAGAGACCGCGUUUUUGAUUUCCGCGUUAAAAUGGAAACACUCGACGGCCUACUCAUGAUCUAGUCAGGGUUCAGCACCAUUUUGAAUAUCUAUUUCCGUCCAUCAUCCGAUGCGACGCUUUCGCGUCCACCGAAGGGAACAAAACAACUCAAGUCGACACUCACCAUCAAUUUCUGUGAAAAUGUAAAUAUCUUUAUUAUAUACUGUACUUCAGUCAUAGAGACUAUAUGUUUAUGUACACUUAUUUAUAUAAAGGUUAUUUUAGUCUA